AUGCGGCAUGAACGGACAGAGGAUGAGGAUAAUCCAGCAAUUCACUAUGGCCUGAUUGCUUCAGCAAACCAGUUGAUGAAGGACGCUUCAAUUCGAGAUAGACUUGCUGCAGAGAAGGAUGUUCUGUGCUUUGAGAUGGAAGCAGCAGGGCUGAUGAACCACUUUCCAUGUCUGGUUAUUUGCGGAACUGGUCAAUGGCUUCUAGAAUCCACCAAAUAUCAGGGUUGGCUAAAGUCUGAUAAGCAGAUGCUAUUCUGUCCAGGGAUUCCUGGGGCUGGAAAGACAAUUCUCACUGCAGUUGUGAUUAAUGACCUCAUGAUGCAGUGCUUUACUAACCAAACCAUUGGUCUUGCAUACAUCUACUGCAACUUCCAGUGGAAAGACAAGCAGAAGGCUGAAGACUUACUAGCAAGUAUACUCAAACAACUAUCCCAGUGUCAAUCUUCUCUACUGGAAAGUGUGAAAGAACUUUAUGAACAACAUAAGGAUAGAUGGACACAGCCAUCACUAGAUGAAUUGUCAACAGCUCUCCAAUUUGUGCUGGUAACAUAUUCAAGAGUCUUCUUUAUUGUUGACGCACUUGAUGAAUGCCAGGCAUCAGAUGGCUGCUGA